ACCCACACACAGAUUAAGGUCAAGACUCCCCAUCUAUCUCUCUCUCUCUCUUCAAUGGCGGCCAUGGAUUACAAUAAGAAGAAGGCAAGUCUUACUCUUUGUAUUACCACAAUUACUCUCAAAUCUCUGAAACCCAUUUUCUCUUGGCGACAAAGUCACAACCUUUGACAUUUCUCUACGUCUACUCCUCUGUAAAAACCCGAGAAAACUCUUACCUCCAUUGCUGCUUGUCUUGGUUUUCGUGUUCCAUAACUUUUCUUAAAGACCCAUUACCUCUAUCUCUUUCUACUCUCCCAUUCCAAGACUUCCCCUUAAACAAAAACAAAAGCAGCUUAAUUCCAAGAAAAGCACUUCGAGAUCUGGUUUUUUCUUGGUCUUGCUUCGGCCUUGUAGAUUUUAUAGGAAUUUGGAGCAAUCUCUCUUUGAGUUUGGUUUUUGGGUUUCUUGAGACUAGUCUUUUGGAGAAGAAGAAAUAAUGGGGAGUAAAUGGAGAAAAGCAAAGCUUGCUUUGGGUAGAAAUCUUUGUGUUUACGUUCCGACAACUUUAGAGGACUCAGCACCGCCUGACUCGACUGAGAGAUUAUCUGAUGCUGCUCUGCUUUCUCAGGUGGCGAAUUGUGAUAUGCGGCUCUCAACACCGAUGACACCAACACCCUCUUCUCAGGGGUUAAGGUUGCCCAAAAGUUUGAGCAACAAAUCCUCCAAGCAAACGUGCUCAAUAUGCUUGACCAAGAUAAAACAAGGAGGCGGCCAUGCACUUUUCACUGCUGAGUGCUCGCAUUGCUUCCACUUUCACUGCAUUGUUUCAAGUGUGAAACACGGCAACCAUGUUUGCCCCAUCUGCAGAGCGAAAUGGAAAGAAAUUCCCUUGCAAGCUUCUGGUUGGGAUCCUCCAUUGGGUUGGCCUCAAAAUAAUGCUUUGAUGACACUCCGCCGUCCUCCUCGUCGAGAUCUGAAUCGCCGGCAUAUUGUUCCACUCCUUCAUGCUCCUGAGCCGGGUGUAUUUGAUGAUGAUGAAUUAUUGGGCAUUCAACCAACAUCCGCUGAGAUAGGCCCUUGCAACGGAAGUUCUGCUGAUAGCAAAUCCAGUAAAACAGUAGAGAUUAAGACAUUUCCAGAAGUAUCCACUGUUCCGCGAUCCAAAUCUUAUGAUAACUUUACUGUUUUAGUUCAUCUUAAAGCUGCUGAUACAGUUUCGAGAACAAAUCCCAGCAGAAACCUGGUUAACUUGGCACAGCUCUCACAAACUCCUCGUGCUCCAAUUGACUUAGUUACAGUUCUUGACAUCAGUGGCAGUAUGGCGGGCACAAAGCUUGCAUUGCUAAAACGAGCAAUGGGGUUUGUAAUACAGAGCCUUGGCUCCAAUGACAGGCUUGCAGUUAUUGCGUUCUCAUCCACAGCACGUCGUCUCUUCCCCCUCCGUCGGAUGACUGAGACGGGCAGACAGCAAGCACUUCAAGCUGUUAAUUCAUUGGUUGCUAAUGGUGGGACUAACAUCGCGGAAGCCCUCAGAAAGGGUGCAAAAGUAAUAGAAGACCGAAGGGAAAAGAAUCCUGUUGCAAGUAUAAUUCUGCUUUCUGAUGGGCAGGAUACUUAUACUGUCUGUGGUUCUGGGGGCAACCAAACCCAACCAAACUACCGGUUGCUUCUUCCUUCGUCUAUUCAUGGUGGUGAAAAUGCAGGAUUCCAGGUCCCGGUACAUGCUUUUGGCUUUGGUGCAGAUCAUGAUGCUUCAUCUAUGCAUUCAAUAUCUGAGAUCUCUGGGGGGACCUUUUCUUUUAUUGAAACUGAAGUUGUGAUCCAGGAUGCAUUUGCACAAUGCAUUGGAGGUCUUCUGAGUGUUGUGGUGCGGGAGCUGCAAGUAGGAGUUCACUGUAUUCUCCCUAAUGUUCACGUUGGUUCACUAAAAGCCGGAAGUUAUCCAAGCCGGGUGAUGGCUGAUGGGCGUGCAGGAUUUGUUGAUGUUGGAGAUUUGUAUGCGGAUGAAGAAAGGGAUUUUCUGUUUUCUGUUAACGUACCAGCAGAGUCUUCUCAAAAUGAAACCUCAUUGCUAAAGGUGAGAUGUAUUUACAAGGACGCCUUAACCAAAGAAAUGGUUACGGUGGAAAGUGAAGAAGUCAGGAUUGCAAGGCCUGAAGUAGCCAGAGAAGCAGUUAUAUCUAUUGAAGUGGACAGACAGCAAAACAGGCUCCAAGCUGCUGAGGCUAUGGCACAAGCCAGAUCUGCUGCUGAACAGGGAGAUCUAGCUGGUGCAGUUUCUAUCCUUGAAAAUUUUCGGCAGUUGUUGUCACAGACCGUGUCAGCUAAAUCCCACGAUCGCCUCUGCAUUGCAUUGGAUGCCGAGCUCAAGGAGAUGCAAGAGAGGAUGGCAAGCAGGCAUGUAUAUGAGGCCUCUGGGAGGGCGUAUAUUCUUUCAGGACUGAGCUCACAUUCCUGGCAAAGAGCAACAGCAAGAGGAGACUCUGUUGAUAGUUCAAGUCUUGUUCAGGCUUAUCAAACCCCGUCUAUGGCUGAGAUGCUUACUCGAUCUCAAUCCAUGUUUCUCGGGAGUCCCUCAGCUCAGAGGCUAGUCCAACCAUUACUGUCAUUCGGAUCACAACCGAAGCCAAGGUAAUUGCAGCUGUUGGUGUUAUCUUGAAUCAGCUAUUCCAGUACCCUUUUUUUCUCUUUAUUUUUCAGAUUUUUAUUGGAGGGGGGUGAACGUUGGAUUAGAUAAAGGAAGGGUUUUGAAGCUGUUAUUAUGCUCGUCAUAUAAUGUGUAAAUGAAAAAAAAAAAUUAAGGGUGAGAGACUAUAUUUGGGUAGGGGAAAAGGAACACUAGGUAGGGUUUACAACAUUUUGUUUUCCUUUUUGGUGCUGUUGGGAUGGUGUACAUAAGGAGAGAUGGUUUUUCUCAUUGGGAUAACUGGGUAUAAGUUUGUGAUUGUGAAAUGGUUGGGUUUACUCUUUUCCUAA